UGGUAUAGAUAGAGUGUAUUGUCGUGACUUUGAACUUUUCAACCACUUUUUUUUUCAUAUUCAUUGCGAAUUUUUUGUAUUUAAAAAAAGCUUUCUUCAAUUAUUAUUUUUAUUUUCAGUUUGUCAGAGAAUUUUCAGUUCUACCUUGGACGUUUAUUGACAUCCACGUGUAAAAUAAUAGUUUUAAUAUUCAAAAAUUUACAUUUUUGUAUACAAUUUUUUUAUACAUACAUAAUUUAAUUCUCUUAAUUUUAUAGUGAAUUAAGUUGAAUAUUUAAUAUUCUAUUUUUAAAUGGAACCUGAAUAUAGAAAACAGCCUAAAGGAUUUGCAACAAAAGCAAUUCAUGUUGGUCAAGAUCCAGAGCAAUGGAAUUCAUAUUGUGUUAUACCACCAAUAGUAACAAGUACCACAUUUAAACAAAAUGGGCCCGCAGAGCAUAGGGGUUUUGAAUAUGCAAGAAGUGGAAAUCCAACCAGAAAUGUUCUCGAAAAAUGCUUAGCUUCAUUGGAUAAUGCAAAACAUGGAUUAUGUUUUUCAUCUGGUUUAGGUGCUACAACAUGUAUUUUAUCAAUGUUUAAUUCAGGAGAUCAUAUUGCAGUUAGUGAUGAUGUUUAUGGUGGAACAAAUCGUUUGAUGAGACAAGUAACAUCAAGAUUAAAUCUUGAACCGACAUUUUUUGAUCCUACUAAUUUAGAAGAAUUAAAAUCAUCUAUCAGACCAAAUACAAAAAUGGUAUGGAUUGAAACACCAACAAAUCCUCUCUUAAAAGUUGUUGAUAUUAAGGCUGUUAGUGACUAUGUCCACAAUUACAAGCCUGAAAUUGUUGUUGUUGUUGAUAAUACAUUUUUAACAUCAUAUUUUCAAAGACCCUUGGAAUGGGGUGCCGAUAUGGUUGUUUAUUCCUUAACAAAAUAUAUGAAUGGACAUUCUGAUGUUGUUAUGGGAGCUGCAGUAACAAAUGAUGACAACUUGCAUACCCGUCUAAGAUUUUUACAAAACGCCACUGGUAUUGUACCAUCACCUUUUGACUGUUAUCUAGUAAACCGAGGGUUAAAAACAUUAGCUCUUAGAAUGGAACAACAUCAAAAAAACUCUGUUGACGUUGCAAAAUGGUUGGAAAAACAUCCUUUAAUUGAAAAAGUUAUUCAUCCAGGAUUACCGUCACAUCCACAAUAUGAAUUGACUCGACGUCAAUGCUAUGGGCACAGUGGCAUAAUGUCUUUUUAUUUAGUUGGAGAUUUACAGAAGUCUAAGAAAUUUUUACAAAGUUUAAAACUUUUUACAUUAGCAGAAAGUUUGGGAGGCUAUGAAAGUUUGGCUGAGUUACCAUGUGUUAUGACUCAUGCGUCUGUUCCAGCAGAAGAUCGUAAAAUAUUGGGUAUUUCAGAUACAUUGUUGAGGCUUUCAGUUGGUUUAGAAGAAGCUGAGGAUUUGAUAGCAGAUCUAGAUCAAGCCUUAAAAUCAAUUUCUUGAAAAAAUUGUAAACAAAAAAUUUAUUAAAAAGUAUAUAUAUAGUACGUACAGACUUAUAGUCAAAGUUAUUUACUCCACUUAAUUACUUUCAAAAUUACAAUAUUUUCUUUAAAUGUGAUCUAAACAAUAUUAUUUUUGAUAUGGAAAGAUAAAUUUAAAAGUUUAUUUCUAAUGUAAAAUAACAUUAUUUGAAAAAUUAUAUGUGCACAACACAAUUUAUUUCUAUUACAGGGUUCACAUAAAAUUUAGUAUUUAAUCCCAAUUUAGUAAAUAAAUAAUUAUCUAGAUUAUGUUGUUGAAUUAUGAAUAAAUUAUGUGGAUUUUUAAUAUUAAAAUUUAAAAAAGUGUAAUGCCACAAAAAUAUAAAGAAUUUUUUUCAACACUUACAAAACUUUGAUUUAAACUAAAAUUAUUUUUUUUUAUAAAUUUGUGAACUUCGCCAUUUUUAUUGAUGGAAGAACUGAUGAUAACAAAUUAUUAAUCUAGCGAAUAAUAUCUUAGAAAUCAUGACUUUUCAUUGCACUUAUUCUCCCGCAUUUUAAAUUUCUUUGCUUUUCGAAACUUUUGUAGAACGAGCAAACGAACAGAUUUUUAACAAGUUUUUCUGAUUUGCGAAUUAUUGCGUCAAACUUAAAUAAAGAUUUAAAACAAAAACAAAAUUUUUUAGUAAUAUUUAUUUCUUAGAUGAUGUUAUUGAGUUUUGUGACUGAUAUUUAUUAUUUUAAAGUGCUUUCAAGUAAAACUU